AUGGGAUUCGGUCAGUUUGAUACGAUAUGCGAGAAAGCGCUGGUGCCACUAUGCUCUCUAGUAGGCCCGUCGUCGACGAUCUCUGGAUCGACGGGCCUCAUAUCCAAUUGUUAUGCGAGGAAUAUCGAGGUCGCCAAUACCAUCAUUUUUGAGGGUGCUGCGUCUUUCAUGCAUAUCUUAGCGCUUAGCAUGACUGUCAUCAUGAUCUUGCACGUCCGGUCCAAAUUCACCGCAGUCGGUCGCAAAGAGAUCAUUACAUUCUUCUACAUCUACCUAGCUUUGACCAUCUUUUCACUCAUCAUCGAUGCAGGUGUAGUCCCUCCAGGAACGGGUCCAUUCCCGUACUUCGUGGCCGUUCAAAAUGGUCUAGUCUCAGCGCUAUGCACCUGUCUUCUGGUCAAUGGAUUCGUCGGCUUUCAACUUUACGAAGACGGCACUGCGCUCUCAGUGUGGCUGAUUCGAGUCCCAUCCGCAAGCAUGUUCGCACUGUCGUUCAUCAUAUCGCUCGCAACUUUCAAGUCAUGGGGCUCAAUGGGUCCUCAAAACACCACGGGCUUGUUCGUUGUACUUUACCUAUUCAACGCAAUCAGCAUUGCAGUGUAUCUGGUCAUGCAGUUAAUUCUUGUUACCAACACCCUCGAUGACCGCUGGCCGCUGGGGCAUAUCUCAUUUGGUGCGCUGGUUUUCAUCAUUGGACAAGUCCUCCUGUACCAAUUCAGCGAUGUGAUCUGCGUCAACGUCAAACAUUACCUGGAUGGUCUCUUUUUCGCUACUUUCUGCAAUUUGCUGGCAGUCAUGAUGAUCUACAAGUUCUGGGAUUCAAUCACCAAAGAGGAUCUAGAAUUCUCUGUUGGAGUCAAGCCAAACACUUGGGAGAUUAAAGAGCAAUUCCCCGAAGAGGAACGCCGUACCACGGUGUAUACAGACGAUAACUCCGAGUACGCAGGCGGCACGUACCACCAUCGAUCGUCGAACUACGGUCAUCAUAAUUACUGA